AUGUUUGGUGCUGAGGUCGGGAUUGUUGUCUCCUCCCCGACUGGAAAGGCCUUCUCAUUUUGGCACCUCUCUGUCCUGGCCAUCACUAAUAAGUUCCUAAAUAGGAACAUUUCUCUAGCCAUAUACAUGACAGGCUGCAACCCUUGCUUGAUUGCCAAUGAAAGAGUGAGGAUGGACCGAAAUAACGGCUUCAUCAAUCGACUCCUUACCCCGCUGGAUGCCGAGAAGGAGAGAGAAAAGGCUUUGUCGAGUAUAACCCGUGCCACGAUCAAAGGGCAUUCCUCAAAUAUGGAGCUCGUGCAGUUGGAGCUCGUAAAGGGGGUUGCUCCGACCAACCUAGCUUCUAAUUAG